AUGGAAAAAGUCCUCCUCCUCCUCCUCCUCCUCUCAUGGACCAUUACCGGAGCCCUCGCCGGCGGCGUUGGUCUCGCAAACGUCACCCAUCUGGAGAUGUUCGUCGACAAGCUACCGGAUAUGCCUAGGGUCCAGGCUUACCGCAUCCGCAACAGUUUUCUCGAGCCCGGUAACCUCACCAUAGGCAUGUACGAGAAGAUCUGGAAAUUCCACCGGGACCUUCCCGCAACCCGUGUCUACGCCUACGGCACCUCCCGGGCCGCCGCCACCGUUCCCGGCCCAACCAUCGAAGCUUUGCAGGGCAUUCCCACCCACAUAACUUGGGAAAACCACCUCCCGUCCCGCCAUAUCCUAUCUUGGGACCCCACCAUCCCCAUCCCAUCCGCCCCCUCCGGCGUCCCCACCGUCGUCCACCUUCACGGCGGCGUCCACCCUCCCACCAGCGACGGCCACUCACACGCCUGGUUCACCUCCAACCUCUCCUACGUCGGCCCCUCCUUCUCCUCCCCCACCUCCUCCUACCCCAAUCUCCAAGACCCCGGCAAUCUCUGGUACCACGACCACGCCAUCGGUCUUACCCGCGUCAACAUCCUCGCCGGCCUCCUCGGCGCCUACACCCUCCGCUCCCCUGCCCUCGAAUCCCCCCUCCGCCUCCCCCAUGGCCCCGAGUUCGACCGCCACCUCAUCCUCUUCGACCGCAGCUUCCUCUCCGACGGCUCCCUCUUCAUCAACUCCACCGGCAACAACCCCUCCAUCCAUCCCCAAUGGCAGCCAGAGUACUUCGGCGAUGCCCUUAUUGUCAACGGCAAGGCCUGGCCUUUUCUCCGCGUCCGCCCUCGCCGCUACCGUUUCCGCAUCAUUAACGCAAGCAAUGCCCGCUUCUACCGCCUCUUCUUCUCCAAUUCCCUCACAUUCCUACACAUUUCAUCCGACUCCGUCUACCUCUCCCGCCCCGUCCCUUCCCGAAAAUUUCUCCUCGGCCCCUCCGAAAUCGCCGACGUUAUCGUCAAUUUCGCAGAUUCUCCCAGCCAGUCCUUCAUCCUCCUCAAUGACGCGUCCUACCCAUUCCCCACCGGAGACCAGCCGGACGAAUUCAGCAGAAAGGUGAUGAAAUUCAUUAUUUACCCCGGCAACAAGAAUCAUCAAGACCCGUCGCACGUGCCAAAGCGGCUGCUGCCCCCGCCGCCGCCUCCUACGCCGGAGCACCGAGCAGCGGCGACGCGGUACAUUGCGAUGUUCGAGUAUGAGAGUGCGACGGGUGAGCCGACCCAUUUGUACAUCAACGGUAAGCCGUACGACGCGCCGGUGACAGAAACGCCGCGCUCAGGAACCAGUGAGGUGUGGCACGUGAUCAACUUGACGGACGAUAACCACCCGCUUCACAUACAUCUGGGAUUGUUCGUGGUGCUGGAGCAGCGUGAGCUGGUUGAGGUUGAGAAGUUGAAGGAUUGCAUGAUGAGAAUCAACGACGUGGACAAGUGUCGUCUGAAGGACCACGCGAAAGGGCGGACCGACCCGGUUCCGGCCCACGAGAAGGGGUGGAAGAAUGUGUUCAAGAUGCAGCCCGGCUUCGUGACCCGGAUUCUGGUCCGGUUCGCGAUGCUGCGGUCCGAGAAGCCUUACCUGUUCGACGCCGCCGCCGAGCCGGGUUACGUCUACCACUGCCAUAUAUUGGAUCACGAAGAUAAUAUGAUGAUGAGACCGUUGAAGCUUUUGAAUUGAAUGGGAAAUAAUUUUUUAACUACGAAGAUGCUCAGCCUCAGCAGAAUAAAUAUGGUUUUAGAUAAGAAAUAAAAAAGAGAAUAAAACGGGCGACUGGAAUGUGUUUUUCCGGGUGAUAAAAAGGUUUGUAAGAAGAUAAGAUUGGUACAAUUUUAUUGGGUGGUUGUAAUUCAAUUCUCUUCAAUACUAGAAAUGAAAAUUUAUUCGAUAAGAAGAAAUAAAUAAUGUAUUGGUCA